CUCCUCUCCCUCAUCCCGCCUCCUCCAAUCGCGACCGCCCUUACUGCCGGGUGGGCUGAGCUGCCCGCCUGCACGCCCAGCUGAUCCGAGGCUCGGCCAUGUCAGCUCCAGAUUCAGGCAGUGGCCCUCCGCCUGGGCAGCCAGCCCCAUUUCCUCCAGCUCCACCGCCACCACCAAUUCUGCCUCCCCCCUUUAUGCCUCAUCCUGGGAUCCCACCUCCGUUCCCUCCAAUGGGGUUGCCCCCAUUGGGACCGCGCCCGCCCCCUAUGCCGCCCAUGCCUCCGGGCAUGUUGCCUCCCCCCCCAAUGAUCCCACCCAUGCCUGGGCCACCACCCCUUGGACAGAUGCCCACAAUGGUACCACCAAUGCUGCCUGGGAUGAUAAUGCCUGGGGUGCCAGGUGGGCCUGUUGCUGUCUCUGGAGGGGCAGGUCCUGCAACAGACCCAUCCAAUGCCACGGCGACCCAAGGAGCCCCUGUGAAGCCUUCAUGGACUGAGCAUCGGGCUCCAGAUGGGCGAGUUUAUUACUACAAUUCUGAAACCAAACAGUCAAGCUGGGAGAAGCCAGAUGAGCUGAAGUCCAAGGCAGAACUCCUGUUGUCGCACUGCCCCUGGCGUGAGUACCGCUCGGAGACCGGGAAACCUUAUUACUACAACACUCAGAGCAAGGAGUCCCGCUGGACCCGUCCCCGUGACCUUGAUGACAUUGAAGCACUGAUCAAGGAGGAGGAAGAAGAAGCAGAGAGGCAACAGCAGCCUCAGCAACCAGAGGCGCCACCGUCGGGCCCUGAGAGCCCCGCCCCAUCCUCCGCAGCCACCUCAGACACAGAAGGCACCGGGGGCAUCGAAGGACAGGAAACGGCAGGCACUGAGGGCGGGCCGACUGUAGCUGAGGAGGAGAUCGCAAGCAGUGGUGAUCCUGUCCGGAGAGACGAGGAAGAGCGUGGCACUGGCAAUGCCUGGAGCAACAAGGAAGAGGCCAAACAAGCUUUUAAGGAGCUGCUGAAGGACAAGGGUGUCCCAGCAAGUGCAUCGUGGGAGCAGGCCAUGAAGCUCAUUAGCACCGACCCGCGGUUCAGCGCUUUGCCCAAGCCGAGCGAGAAGAAGCAGGCUUUCAAUGCUUACAAGGCUCAGCGGGACAAGGAGGAGAAGGAAGAGGCCCGGCUCCGGGCCAAGGAAGCCAAAGAGGAGCUGCAGCGCUUCCUGGAGCAGCACAGCAAGAUGAGCUCCAUCACCCGCUACAGGAAAGCUGAGCAGAUGUUUGGGGAGCUGGAAGUGUGGGCUGUGGUGCCAGAGCGCGACCGCAAGGAGAUCUACGAUGACGUUCUCUUCUUCCUGGCCAAAAAGGAGAAGGAGCAUGCCAAGCAGCUGCGCAAGAGGAACAUCCAGGCUCUGAAGAGCAUCUUGGACAGCAUGAGCCGGGUCAGCUUCCAGACCACCUGGUCCGAAGCCCAGCAGUUCCUCAUGGACAACCCCAGUUUUGCUGAGGAUGAAGACCUGCAAAACAUGGACAAGGAGGAUGCCUUGAUCUGCUUUGAGGAGCACAUCCGGACCCUGGAAAGAGAGGAGGAGGAGGAACGUGAGCGCGGCCGGCUGCGGGAGAGGCGCCAGCAGCGCAAGAACAGGGAAGCCUUCCAGGCCUUCUUGGACGAGCUUCACGAGAGUGGCCGCCUGCACUCCAUGUCCACUUGGAUGGAGCUGUACCCCUCCCUCAGCACCGACAGACGCUUUGCCAACAUGUUGGGCCAGCCUGGCUCCACCCCACUGGACCUGUUCAAGUUCUACGUGGAAGACCUGAAGGCCCGCUUCCAUGAUGAAAAGAAGAUCAUCAAGGACAUUCUGAAGGACCGGAGCUUCAGCGUAGAAAUAAACACAACCUUUGAGGACUUCGCCCAUGUCAUCAGUUUUGACAAGCGUGCUGCCACGCUGGAUGCCGGCAACAUUAAGCUGACUUUCAACAGUCUGCUGGAAAAGGCUGAGGCACGGGAGCGUGAACGGGAGAAGGAAGAAACUCGCAAGAUGCGGCGCAAGGAGGCGGCAUUCAAGAGCAUGUUGCGCCAGGCAGCUCCUCCACUGGAACCGAACACUGCCUGGGAUGAGGUCCGAGAGCGGUUUGUCAACAACGUAGCCUUUGAGCAGAUCACGCUGGAGUCAGAGCGGAUCCGCCUUUUUCGUGAGUUCCUGCAACUAGUAGAGUCCGAGUGCCAGCAUUUCCAUGCCAAGGCCAAGAAACAUACCAAGAAGCCCAAGAAGCACCAUCGCAAGCGGUCUGCUUCGGGCUCAGAGUCAGGCUCAGACCACCCCCAUCGCACAGCCAAGCACAAGAAACGAAACCAUUCGGAAUCGGCUGGUUCAGGACCAUCGUCGUCACCUGAUUCAGAGCACAGCACCAGGCGCUCCAAGAGGCAGAAGAAGAAAAGCAAGAAAAAGAGGCACAAAUCGAACAGCCCUGAAAGCGAAGCUGAGCACAAGAAGGACCCGACCCGACCAGACGAGUGGGAGCGAGAGAAGGCCCCUCCGCGACCUGAGGGAAGAGGCCACUCCCCUCCCCGGGGCACCAGGAGGGAGCGGAGUGGCUGGGAUACCUCAGAGAGCGAAGAGCUCAGUGAAGGGGAGCUGGAACAUCGGCGCCGGACUCUGCUGCAGCAACUGGGCGACCAGUAACCACCGCAGCCUCUUUGGAGGCUCCCCUUCCACACACGCCAGACCCAAUUGGUCCUUGUUCCUGCGUAGGCCGUGCCUUCCUUUGGCUGCGUCAGCGCCCAAGCCAAGCGUGCACACUGCUCUGGCCCGGAACCUGCACAAUUGGGCUGCAGUGCCCCCCCCACAACCCCUGCUUGCUUCUGAGUCGGGAGCAGGCCCUGCCCACUGGCAGGGACAGCCUCCAUCAAUUCCCCCUGUCUGCAUGGAGCCACCAGGACAGGGAGGAAGGAUUUGGAUGUACUAUCUGGACCUAAAAUUCAGAACCAGCCCUGGGCCUGAAGAGGAUUAGGAGGAAUAGGGUUAGGGGCUCCUCCCUGCAUCAGUUGGCAACGUAGCACAGGAGCAAAUGGCAUCUCUUCUCGACGUUUCACCAGGGCUACACCUCCUUGGCCUAGAACCAGAAUGGCAGGGUCCAGUUUGUUUAUCACAGCAUCAGCCCUGCCUGGGGAAUGUGGUCCAGGAAUGGGGACAGGAUGUAUGUUCCUGGUUGUUUUUUUGUUCUUUUUUUAAAAAAAGGUUUGUCUCAGUGACUGGAUCCUUCUUUCUGGUUGCAGUACCCCUUGUGUGUUGAGGAUUCAGUGGGAUUUUUCAAACAAUAUUUAUAAUAAACUUGGACUAGAAUUAUCCUUCUCUGGUGGGCCUCCUGUAGAAGACUGGUUUAAAUUUGAGAAAUCCGAAGCUUGGGUUACCUUUCUUUCCUGGACCUUUUUGGGAAAAUAUUGGGGUGGGUGCGUUUUGUUGCAUACCACAGAUCUGUGGCUGCGUCUGCUCACCAGCAUAGUGGGGAUGGGGAUUUUCGGAGGAGGGCAACAAAGGUGUGUUUUACACCGGCUUGCACAUUGUGGGCAGAUGUGCAAAGGAGGGAGGAGAGUCAAGUCGCAAAAGGAAAGCCGUGCAGAAUCAUGGAAGUGCAUAUAAUAAACAAAGCACAAGCAUAUUGUGUAUAUAUGCAACAAUAAAUAUGCACAGAGACAUUCGUCAG